ACGAAUAUCCACCCGAAAUUUGGUGUAAAAUUUCGACAAUAACCCUAAACAUUUCUCCGAGAGUCGAGAGCCCUUUGUUCAGUAAAUGGUCGGGUCGUUCCGGGGCUGCGAGUUCUGCCGGUAUGUGAAAAACAAUAGUAUAUUCCACAAGUGAUCUUACAAAAGGUUAGCUGCAGAUACAAGAACUGGUUUCAGAGCAUGCAAGAUAAUGAAGCUAAGCUACAACAAAUGUUUACAAGUAGCCUUUGCUUUCUUUUUGGGAACCUGUCUUCAAUUGACGAAUGGGAGUUACAAUGCAAUUCAGAGGCUCGAAGAAGUAAUAGAGAUGGCUGAAAGGGAAUCUAAAUUACUUGCUAACGAGAUCAAUCAAUGGCUGGUGCAGGAAAGCGGAGGUAUGUUAAAAGAAGAUGAGGAAAUGCACUUACGAUCCAAACGAUCUGUCGACGACGUUGACGAAGGCGCACAAACGGAUGCCGACUUGUUAGCAGAAGUCAGCCAACCAAUCGUCCGUAGAGACAUUGCUAAGGAUAAGAGACAUCGUAAUAAAUCGAAAAGUUCUGGGGUAGUUAAGAUAAAGGACGAGAAGGAGGAGGAUUCCUCUCAAUUGUUAAAGAGGCUCGAUUUGGACAUCCAAACGGACAAACACCAUGCAAAGAAGACGUCACAAAAGAAAAAAGCCGAGGACAAAGAGAAAGGCAGAAAAGUUUUGACCAUCACGAAAGCUAAAAGAGUAUUAAGGUCGCGAAAUACAAAAGCAAAACAGAAAGUAAGCGUUGAUGAAUUAAGUAAAGAAAACCUCGUCAAUGCUUUGAUCGGAGGAGAUGCACAUUUUAAUGCCCACAGCGGUGCAAACGGUGUCCCCGAGAAAGCAUACAGGCAACUGGUAGAGUAUUUUGCAGGAAGCGAGCAGUCCACGAUUCAAACGGGCAGCAAGAAAUCUGAAAUUGCACAGCCCGAGGGAGAUCAUAAGCAAACCGAUCCGAAAAAGAUGGUUCGUGGAAAGCUAACGAAAAAACAUGAACGCGUUCUUGCGAUACUAGCGAAGAUGGACCCAAAUGUUUUGCGUAAAUACUUCCAUUUAAAAGGUUUUGAUAAAUAUUGGAAGCUCAUGCAAAGCAUCAGGAAAAGCCAUUUUGCGAAACCAAAGAGGAAUGAGGAUAAGAAGGUUACUAAAAAGGUGAAAGACUCAUCGCCAAAGAAAUCCAAAAGUUUGCCAGGUCAUGUACCCUUAGCAAAACCGGUACCGUUGCACAAACAGGCCAAACAACAACACACCGAGAAAGUUCUUCCUCAGCAUAAAAUAGUCAACGAUAAACCAUCCCAGAUAUUAAGUAAAGAUGCAAAGGCAAAGAAAAUCGGUAAAGAGAAGACGGCAAAUAAAUUAGCGAAACAUGAGGCAACAAAGAAGGUGGCUAAGGAUGAAGAGAAGGAGAAUUUGCUAAAACCAAUAAUUGUGCAGGGCUCUUCAAGUCCAAAACUUGUAAAGCACACUCAGAAGUUGGCCACAGUGAAAGAAAGGGCAGCUAGCUAUAUAAAUAAACACAGCCAUAAAGCUGUAGUGGAACAAAGUAAAAAGAAGCUUUUGAAAUCCCAUCAUGACAAGGCAAAAGACUCUCCAAAGCAGGUAAAAAAUGAAGUAACUGUGAAGGCAAGUGGAGAAGGUAAAAACAGCGUCGUUGUUAAGGACGGUGGCCCUGCGUCCAUCAUCACACCCGAUGAAAAAGAUGCUGCCGCUCUAAACGAAGCACCAACCAAAGGAAAACCAAAGUCUCCUCAAGUUCAAGUUAUGCCUAAACAAGAAGACAAGAAGAAGGUUGGUUUUAAACCCGUAAGUCUCAAGCAAACUGUCCUUUCCAAGAUAACGAAGGAUAAACCUAAACAUGGCAAGGAUUUACCCAUGCACGCUGCUGAGGUCACCUCUAAUAAAAUGAAGGAUUCUGGUAAACAGUCUACCAUGAAAUCCCCUGAAAAACAUAAGGAACUUGCGAGUAAAGAUCAAAGUACACAUCAAUUAGAAAAAUCAAAAACCGAACCUGAGAAACAUAAAGAAACACUGGAAGAGAAAUUGAAAGCAAUGGUUCCAAAGGGUUCGAAACCAAGCAAACUUUUGAACGAUAAAAACAAUUCAUUAGAAGAAUAUGAAAAAAAACUCACAAAAGUCUCGAAAGCUGUCACGGCCAAUGACCAUCACGACGCCAAAGCAACGCAAGCUGAAAAGAAGCCGGAGAGUAAGAAUGAUAGAACUUCUCCAGUAAAACAAACAGACUCUGGGACUUCCAAGAUCGACAUUUUGAAAGAAAAGAUCAGAAAAACUAACAACCUGAAAUUCAAAGUGGCUCAAGCGCUCUUAGCGCAUUGUGAAACUCAGAACAGGCUUCGACAGGUGUUUGAUGACGUGAAUAACUCCCUUAAAAAAGCAGCCACCAUGGCAAAAGCUAUAGGGGCAAAGUUUGGAAUCAAAGCACGUGAUAUCGAGAAGAUGACAUCUGAACACACGGAAGGAGCAGUAGAACAGUUUUUAAACCAGUUAUUUUAGGUAUAUAGCCAGCGUGCUCGCAGUUUGCAAAUGAUCAAGCUUUCCGUUCGUCAGCUUAGCCUCUUAAUCAAUCACAAUCAUAUAAAACGGAAUGUCCAAUCACUCGUGUCACCUAGGCUUUCCGUUUGAAGAAACUUUAGAGGUAAUUUCUCUCUCGCCUUUUAACAGUGAACGAUGACCAGCUUUUUUUCUCUUGCGUUUGAGUCUUUUUGACCAGUACUCUGUUAGGUCGGCUAGAUCAGACCUUUUAUAACCUUAAAUUGUGAUCAGCAGGUGUUAUCAGCUCUAAGUUAUCCAGAUACUACUUACAUUCUUGUAUUUGCUAUUUUGCUUUCAAGUUCCGAAGGUGUUUUUGUUAGUUCUACAUGACAUUGUUGUCAAGCAAAUAUGAAUUUGAAGCAAUACAAGAUCUGUUUUAAAGAAACUGGCUUUUUGCGCCCUUUCUUUUGCGUAACAAAAACUGAAUCAAAACGGGCCAUUCAGAACACUGAGUAUCUAACUUAAUUAUUUAUUAUAAAUUUUGCUUGAACUGAUCAUGAGCCUAUCGUGAUUAACUCGAUAAUUUAAAAUUACUCAUACGAAUUUGUAUUACCGGUAAUUUAACAACUACACGGCAAAUAAUUUGAUAAUGUAAAAAAUGCUAACAAUCAGUAGUCAGUACAAGCAAUGAUAAAUUUAUGUUAUAUUGUUUACUUCACAAAUAAAAUCUUGUUUGUCCGGAACAACAUUUUAUGGGAAUUGUACUUUUUCCCAUCAAGAUUUUCGUUUAAACCUUUCUCAGCGAAAAUUUAAUUAUACAUCUAAGAUAUAUAUUUCCUGUAUUAAAAAAGUGUUAAAAAUUAUUAAAUGAUCGACAAAUAUCUAUACGGUUUAAAAUGAAAGAAGAUAUCCCUCGUUCUCUGCAUUUUGGGAGCUUUUUCCCGCCAAACUCCGCCCCUUGGUGGUAUCACGUGAUCUUGAAAUGUUUGGCCCAAGAAUACUCCAUGAAGCUGAACUGAAUCUUUGACUGUCAGUUAUGUUAUAACUUUUCGACCACGACAGCUAAUGGUAGAAAGCGUCCUGAUUAUUUUUCAGCAAAAUGGCAAUAAAGAUAGUUUUAUCCUCGCGCAAUGUUUGUAUAAACAUUCUCACUGCCGCCGGUACACCACUUGGGUACUUGCUUUCUGUUCUCCAUUACCGUUCUUUACAUAGGGAGGCUGAACUAUAUUCAUCUGGCAUCAGGCAUUAACGGCUUAAUUUAGAUUAAAUACAGUAUGCACCAUUUAGUGCCGUCCAUAUGAUACGUUUGAUUGGCCUUUUCAAACAAGA